GGGGAGGGGAGGGGAGGGGAGGGAAGGAAGGAAGGUCGGGCAGAGAGUAGCAGGAGAAUAGAAAGUGGAGGGAGAGGGAGAAUCUGUGUGUUUGUGGUGUCGGUGUGAGAGACGUGCUGGAGCUGGGGGUAUUGCAGCCUGAGACACGGACGACUUAAGGUCUUUCGUGAUUAAACAGUCCAACUCGAAACUUGCAUGUCCAUGGCAGUGGCUGAAAGUGUGUGUAUCAUCAUGGGAUAGAUAGACGUUGUUAGCUUCUCAGCGUGGAAGAGAAUGCAAUGAUGGAAAGAUGGAGAGUUUGUGUACGCUAGGCAGCCUGAAGGCUUUAUAUGUUCCAUCUGUCAUAGUUCAGUUUUCCAAUGGAAAGCUUACAAAUUCAGAAAAUGUGGAAUUUCAGCUACAUAAAAAUAUAUAUAAAAAUAAUCCCCGGAAGAAACAUCAGCUGAUCUUGUCUGCUGAAACGGACAGACUGACAUAUCUUGGAAAUAAUUUUGGACAAAGUGCUCUCAAGUGUAACUCAUUAUGCAAGUAUUUUGUUGGCGUGCUAAAUAAAAGUACGGGGAAAAUGGAAGUGCACGAUGCUCAGCUGUUUAACAUGCAGCCCUUCUUUCCUGGUGAAUCUGUGGCAGAAGAAUAUACCAAUGAAAAACAAACCUCAUAUCGAGAGAAGGUGGACUCCCUCAUUGAGGCAUUUGGUACCAUCAAGCAGAAACAUGCGCUCAACUCUCGCAGGUUGAAUCAAGUUGGGAAUGAGACCUUGCAGGAGGCUGUGGCAAAAGCGGCAGAAAAUAUCAUUGAUAAAAAAGGGAUAUCAGCUUUGGCCAAUGAGGCAAUUCAGUUUGAGUCACAGGACAUGUCAGUCUUCCUUCCACCUUGCCAUGCAGAUGCAGACAAGCCUGAGGAUGUUUACAAGUUUGAGGACAUCAUUUCAACUACUGAGUAUCAAGCAAUCAAGCCAUACUGUGAACCACUGAAGAUUCACACUGCAGAAGAAAUUCAUAAAUUGGCACAAACUGGCAACUACUCGUCUUUUGUUCUGGAAUCACUUAAAUCAGUACCUCAAGAUGAGGAAAGUCGAGAUCAUAAGAUUCACUGCCUGUUUUAUCUUCAGAUUCUGAUCAAAUUGCACAACUUAAAAAAACGUGAAUUUAAGCACAAAGGUUCCCUUGGGAGUGAUGUUGCAGAUGUUGUAAAAAACAGUUUGAUGAAAAAUUUCACAGUAUUGUCUUACAACAAUGGACGUGUACAAAACAUAAUCCCAAUCUCCAUGAAAGCUAAAAUAGUAGCAUAUGUUAUUGCAUUGGCUUUGCACAUUAACAGUUUUCAAAUUGACCUCACAUAUCUGCAGCAAGAUUUGAAAAUCAGUGAGAACAGAAUUUUGGACAUUGCAAGAGCGAUGGGUUUAAAAGUUGCAAAGAAAAAAGUGAAUAUUCCUGGUGGCGUUGCAGAGGAUCAUAAAAUGGCUACUCUUUCAUUACCAUUGGUUGUGCAAAGUAGAGUUCGUGGUAGGAAAAGGAAGAAAAUGACAUAAAAACACAAUAUAAUUCUAUUUGAAUGUGGAGUUGACAAACUCUUCAAGUUUCUAUUUCGCAUGGAAGAAUCUAGGUAUUAUUACAGUCCAAUGGAGAUGUAAUUGGUGCAAUACAUUGAAUUAAUGCUUGACUGUCAUGGCAUUCAUAGUUUUGUUAUUAAAAUUACAAAAAUAAGUACUUCA